UUCACGUUUACGCUUUCUUUCACUCAUCACCGGUUUCUAUCUCGCCAAACGCUUCAAUUAUGCCAACCCAAACCGUUCUCGUCACCGGCGGAGCCGGUUACAUCGGUAGUCACACCGUUCUUCAGCUUCUGCUCGGCGGUUUCAAGGCCGUCGUCGUCGACAACCUCGACAAUUCUUCCGAAGCCUCCAUCCAAAGAGUCCAAAAACUCGCCGGAGAAUUCGCCGACAACCUUUCCUAUCACAAGUUAGACCUCCGAGACAGAGAUGGACUAGAGAAAAUAUUCUCUUCCACAAAGUUUGAUUCUGUCAUACAUUUUGCUGGACUAAAAGCAGUAGGUGAAAGUGUGCAGAAACCAUUACUCUACUUUGACAACAACCUGAUUGGGACAAUCGUUCUCCUUGAAGUCAUGGCUGCCCACGGAUGCAGGAAGCUUGUGUUUUCAUCUUCAGCCACUGUCUAUGGCUGGCCAAAGGAGGUUCCAUGUACUGAAGAGUUCCCUUUGUCAGCAGCAAACCCAUACGGACGAACCAAGCUUAUGAUCGAAGAAAUUUGCCAUGAUAUCUACCGUGCAGAUUCAGAAUGGAAAAUAAUACUGUUGAGGUACUUCAACCCAGUUGGUGCACAUCCUAGUGGUUACAUUGGUGAGGAUCCUCGUGGAAUUCCAAAUAACCUCAUGCCCUUUGUUCAGCAAGUGGCAGUUGGCAGACGCCCUGCAUUGACAGUUUUUGGAAGUGAUUAUAAAACAAAUGAUGGCACUGGAGUUCGUGACUACAUUCAUGUUGUUGACUUAGCAGAUGGGCAUAUUGCUGCAUUGCGUAAACUGGAAGAUACUAAAAUAGGUUGUAAGGUUUAUAACUUGGGAACAGGAAAGGGAACAUCAGUACUGGAGAUGGUUAAAGCUUUCGAACAAGCCUCUGGAAAGAAAAUUCCACUUGUAAUGGCUAAUCGGAGACCUGGAGAUGCUGAAGUUGUCUAUGCAUCAACAGCGAAAGCAGAAACAGAACUUAAAUGGAAAGCCAAAUAUGGCAUUGAUGAGAUGUGCCGCGAUCAAUGGAAUUGGGCCAGCAAAAACCCUUAUGGCUAUGGUGGAUCUGAAGAUUCUUCUUAGUGACCUUAACGAUGGUCGAAUAUAGUAUAUUUUUUUAACCCUCACAUAAUAGGCGACUAGGAAUUUAGCAAGGUGGAAAAUCCUUUCGUAAUUAUGAAUUCUAAUUCUAAUUACAUGUUGAAUAAGUUGUGGUUUAGUUUAAUUUAAUGAUUCUUUAGGUUCCGGCUUAUAGGUUAUUGAAUGAGCAUAUUCACAUGUUCUUCAAUAACAUGAAUGCAUCCUGUUUUGUAAA